UGUUUGUGUUUAAUUAAGAAGAUCAAUUAAUCAAGCUCAUUAGCUACUACCCAGCUAGCUACAAAAAUGGUCGAUGAGCAUGACCAGUUGCUACCAAUUGCCAACGUGGGCAGGAUCAUGAAGCAAAUCCUGCCACCAAGUGCCAAGAUUUCCAAGGAAGCAAAGGAAACAGUGCAAGAAUGUGCAUCGGAGUUCAUAUGCUUUGUUACUGGGGAAGCAUCUGACAAGUGUCACAAGGAGAACCGCAAGACAAUUAAUGGAGAUGACAUCUGCUGGGCACUGAGCACACUAGGUUUUGAUAACUAUGCUGAGGCUAUAUUAAAGUAUUUACACAAGUAUAGGGAGUUUGAAAGAGAGAGAGUACUCAACCACAACAAGGCUAGUAGUUCUGAAGAAAGAGGAGAAGCAGCAUCAGAGUAUGGCAGUGAUCAACUUGGGAAGCAAAUUCGUGGUACUAGUACUACCACUCCUUUGGAAUUCAGGUUCAUCAAGCCUGGACAAUGAUGAUGAUGAUGAUGAUGAUGAUGAACAUGACACGGGCGGGAGAGCAAUAACCCAUACGAAUGUCUUGAAUUAAUAAAGUUCUGAAUGCCUUCAUUUGAUUGUAUAAAGUGAUCAGGAUUCAUAAGUUUUGAGCUAACUUCGUGUCUUCAAUUCUCUUCUGCUUGUAGUUUCUUCUUGUGCUUUCCUAUAAAAAGAAAAUGGGAAGGGACGAGGAAGUUUCAAAAAAUAAGAUGAAUGAUGGUCAUUUUGGAUUC